GAAGCGUCUUCUCGUCCUGCCCGUGUGUGUUGUUUCUUACAGUGUGCGCUGGGACGGGCUGACUGUGUGUGUGUGUGUGUGUGUGUGUGUAUAAAUGUCACAGUGUGAUGAAACCUUCACUCGUUGACUUCAUGAUGAAGAUCCUUCUGCUCCUCGCUCUCCUCACAGGCAGUGAAGGCAGCUCUGUAGUUGUGGGUGUCCUCGGCGGAGACGUCACUCUGCCGUGUGCAUACGACUCCGGUCGCUACGGGCGGCUGUCGGUGUGCUGGGGUCGAGGGUCGAUACCGGCCUCGGGCUGCGGAGACCAGCUCGUCUCCACCGAUGGACACGAGGCGGCCGGACCGUCCGGCAGGCAUCGGCUGCUCGGGCGACUGGAGGACGGAGACGUCUCCAUGACGAUCCUGAACGUCUCACGGGCGGACGCCGGGCGCUACGGGUGCAGAGUGGACAUACCCGGCUGGUUCAACGACGACAAGCAUCACUUUGACGUGGACGUUGAGGAAGCUCCACAGACAACGACGUCGAUGACGUCAACAGGAGAGACGACUACUACGAACCGAGACACCACAGGUACAACGCAGAGUACAACGGGUACAACGCAUACAACAGAUACAACGCAGAGUACAACAGGUACAACGCAUACAACAGGUCAUGUGACCUCAACCCAGCGCCUCCCAACUUCCUCCUCCAGCGGCGCCGAGGGCAGCAGCAGUGUCAGUGUGGUUCUGGUGUGCGUUCUGCUCGGGUUGGCGUCUCUGGUUGCAGCGGCCGUCUUCGUCAUCGCUCUCAGGAGGACCCGACCGGGCAAAAUCUCUCGGCCGCUGGUCUUCUCCUCGCUGGCUUUCAGGUCUCCUUCGUCCAGAGAGCCUGCAGUGGAGAACGUCUACCAGAUGGAGGCCGACGGAGGCGAGUACGAGUACUGCCCCUGACCCACCAAGCUCCGCCCCUGACCCGAUGACCCCUGGAGCAUCACUUUGUAGCUUCUACCCAUGAUGCAGCAUUCUGCACAGACUGUUUGACUUGGAGCUCUUCAGAGUAGCACCCAAAGACUGAGGUGUGACAUUCAGGAGGGCCUCCAUGGUCCUUCUCCUCCCCCUUUACUUCCCCUUUGCGCGGGUGCUGCUUCCACUGCUGCCUCCUCCUCUGAUCUGGAAUAUGCAGCUUCCACAAUUUAUAGAGAUGCUUCUCUUGCGGCCGGAUCAUCUUUAAUGAUGGCAGUGGCGUCUUAACUAGUUUUUAACUAGUUUUAGAGCUAAUGUUAUCCAUAUUUGGGGGAGAUGAAAAGUGAGCUGAGGUCCUUUUGCCCUGCUAACAUUUGAGAAGAUGCAAAUUACCAGACAAAAAUAAUAUAUAUUAUCUCAAUAUAGUCUAAAUGUAUUAAAACUGGAUUGGUUUUAGAGAAUAAAAUGAUAUGGUACUUCAUGAAUUUAUAUAAACUAGUCUAUACAGAUUCAUAUACUAAAAUAUUCAUGUCAUUGACCCAUAUUCAUCUUUAUAUAUAUAAUAUACGAAAGUGUGUGUGUAUCCAUACAUCUAUAAAAUGUGGCAGAAAUGUAAUUAAAACAAACCACAAUUCCUUCUUCA